GUCGUUACCGAAAGAAGCGCAUGUUGAUAUUCCGGAAAGCGGUGUACGAGUUGUGGAGGGAUGGCGUUAGCUUGCCAGCGGGACAGUUACCUAACUCAGCUGUGGUCAGUGGUCAAGUCGUGUAAGCCUGCACAGCUGACCGUGGUGAAUGGAGGGAAGAAGGAAAAACUGUCGGGCUUUGACGUGAUCCUCGAGGAUACCGUUCUCUUCCCUGAAGGAGGGGGACAGCCAGAUGACCGGGGUUCUAUCAAUGGUGUGAGUGUGUUGAGGAUCACUCGUUCGGGGGCAGAUGCAGUCCAUUUUGUCAGAGAGGAAAUACCCCCAGAAACGAAGGUGGAUCUGCAGGUUGAUUGGAAAAGAAGAUUUGACCAUAUGCAGCAACACUCGGGACAGCAUCUGAUCACUGCUCUGGCGGAUUCGAUGUUUGGCUACAAGACAACAUCAUGGAAUCUGGGAGAAAAGGUGUCCUUUAUAGAGCUGGAUACCCCCAAGGUGACAGCUGAUGAAUUGACGACACUUGAGGAAACGGUCAACGCCAAGAUCCGAGAAGGUGUCGCCAUGACACCCAAGCUGUAUGAGAAUAAAGAUGACCCGGAGCUGGCUGCUGUUCGGGCUCGCGGUCUCCCAGAUGACCAUGUAGGCCCUGUUAGGGUUGUUACAAUCGAAGGCAUCGACUCCAACAUGUGCUGUGGCACUCAUGUCUCCAGCAUGGCACAUUUGCAGGCGAUAAAGUUGUUGUACACAGAGAAGGGAAAGAAAGGGAAAACCAACUUGUUCUUUGUAGCUGGGGACCGGGUGUUGUCCUACCUGGGACGGUGUUGUAGUGUAGAGAAAACACUCACGGGGGUACUCAAAGGUCCUUUAGACCAGCAUGUUGAUCUGGCAGACAAAGCUGUGAAGGGCUGGAAGGCUGCCCAGAAGAUGUCCACAGGCUUGCUGAAGGAGGUAGCUGCUUUGGAGGCUGAAGCAUUCAAGUCUAAAGCAGAGAAGGACAAUGUGUUUGUGACACAUAGGAAGGAGGGUGAUGGUGACUAUAUGAACAUCUUAGUUGGGGAGCUGCUGGCUGUCGAGGGUUUGAGCUGCCUUGUGACUGUGGGAGAUGAGAAGGCGGCCGGGCUGUUUGUGUUCGCUGGACCGGAAACUGUUGUCAAAGACAUGGGGCCAAAAAUCUGUGAUCUGCUGGAGGGCAAGGGCGCCCUGAGUGGGGGGCGGUACCGGGGCAAGGCCAACAAGAUGGCCAACCGUGGCAAGGCUGAGGCAGCAUUACGGGACUACUUACAGCAGACGAAAGCUGAAAGUUGAUUGUGUUCACCACAACUUCCGUCAUAUGUUGCCUGUGCAAGAAAGAAGAUGACUUUGAGAUCAUAAUAAACCUGUUCAUUUUCAACACAUCUGAAUCACCUUAAUCGAUGAACUUUCAGAAUGAUUCCUUCAUUCUUGUUACUGCAGGAUAGUUAAGAUGUCUUUCUGUGCUGCAGAUGUAUCUUUGUUACAGAAGCAAAAGCCUUAUGAAGUGAUGUUAUGGAAGGAUUUUAGUAUCCUUAUGAUUGCUUGUUUUGUGCUUUGAUAUGAUGAAUGGAAUGAUUAUUUUCUUAAAAUUAAAUACUAAUGUUUGACAUGAUAAGUGCUUCCGUUAUCAUAAUGACAGCAGAGUAUAUUGUUUUAUGAUGUGUGUGUGUGUGAAUUAAGCUAAUGUAAUA